AUGCCAGACAUGAAAAGUCAGGUAAAGCGAAAAGCUCCAGAACUGGAACUCCCGCGGCCUGGAGAAGACGCGGCAGAAAGGAAGCGGGUGCUCAAUGUACUCGCCCAACGACGCUAUCGACAGAGACGAAAAGAGCACCUUCAAAACCUCGAGGCACAAGUUUCAAACACUGAGGCUGGAACUAUUGCGACUCCCCAUACUACGGCUGAAGUAUCAAAUGCCCCGUCCAGUAUCCAUGCGGAUCAGGUUUUGUUCGAGCCAUCUACAUACUUGGAGGAGGUGACAUUCGAGGGCAGUCCUCCUCAUCGAGAAGACACUUUAAACCAAUGUCAGUUGCUUACACCUGAAGCAGACCCGUUCGCGACUCAGGACGCGUCCCUGUUCGAGUUUCCAACCGAUAAUCAAUGUUUCUGGGAUGCUUCCAUUUUACUGCCUUCUCUACCCAGCACCCCACUGUCGGAAAGCACUCACUCUUCGAACCAAAGCACGACAUGGUCCCUAACUUCUCUUCCAGGGAUAGAUGGGCCACCACCCAAGAGUCCAAGCCACCCGCCGUCACCGGCAGCCCCCUUGGGGCAAGACAUACAAUAUUCAUUCCCUGACGAGGCACACUUGGAAAUGACCGAGUUGACACUGCUUCGAGGGUGUAUGUCGAUAGCGAGACGGAUGAACAUCCAAGAAAUGAUCUGGUCACUUACCUCGACAUCUCCAUUCACAGAGCCUGCAAUGGCAAUGGCUCAAUUCAACCAUUUGCCUCUCAAUCUUCAGCCGACGGCGCUGCAGAUGACAAUGGCACAUCAUCCGCUGAUUGAUUUGCUACCGUGGCCGUCAGUGCGCGACAGGAUCAUCAUGGUUCUGUCCCAGCCACCAGAUCUUCGACCAUCAGGAGCAGCGUCACCCAUGGCGCUCCUCGAAUUUGUUUAUGACAUCGAAGACAGUGCAGAAGGGAUCAGAAUAUCAGGCAAUGACCCCUACUCGGGCAAUAAUUGGGAAAUCGGUGAGAAGGUGUUCAAGUCAUGGUGGUGGAUGUUUGAUAAAGCCAUCAUCCGACGAAGUAAUGAAUUGCGGGCUGCAAGGGGAGCUCCAUUGCUAGGGAAUGGAAGUGUCUUGGGAGAGGUGGCCUGA